CUCGUGUCCCCGGUGGCGGCUCCGCGGGCGCGGGGCGGCGGGUCCCGGUGCGUGGCCGUGGGGGCGCAGCGUGUUGCGCAACCGGGGCGGUGCCCGGUACCCCGCGGGUCCUGCCGGGUUUUCCCGGUGCCGGGGACGGAGUGAGCGACUCCGCCGCCCCUGCGGCUCCGCGGCCCCGUUACCAUCGCUAGAUAGAACCGGCGCCCGCUGUCUUGCUCAACCGGGGCCCAACGCCGCUCCUGCACCCGUGCCCCGGGCGUGGGCGGAACGGGAAGCCCGGGUGGCCUUAAAGGCGAGGCCGCCAGCGAACCCGGGGCUGUUGGCGCGGCCGGGACCGGCUCGGGGUGUCGCCGGGACAGACGGGUUCCACGGUGCUGCCGCUUCUCCCGGGGGACACGGAGGGGCCAUGGGGGCCGCCGUUGUCCUGGGCUGGCUGCUGCUGCUGCUGGUGGUAGCGCGACCGGCCACAGGCGCCCGGCCCUGCAGCCCCAAAUACUUCGGGCGCGAUGCCAUGGUGUGCGUCUGCAACGCCACGUACUGCGACACGCUGGACCCCGUGGUGCUGCCGGCCCCGGGCACCUACGUCAAGUACGAGAGCAGCAAGGCCGGCAAGCGGCUGGAGCGCAGCCAGGGGAGCUUCCAGCGCAGCCUGCGCGCCCCAGAUCUCAUCCUGACUGUGGACGUGACGCAGCGGUACCAGAAGGUGAAGGGUUUUGGUGGCUCCAUCACCGACGCAGCUGCCAUCAACAUCCUUUCCCUGCCAGAAACAGCCCAGGAUCACCUGCUCCGCUCGUACUUCUCUGAGGAAGGGCUGGAGUACAACCUCAUCCGCAUCCCCAUGGCCAGCUGUGACUUCUCCCUCCACGCCUACACCUACGACGACGUUCCCUUUGACUACGAGCUUGCCCACUUCAGCCUGCGAGACGAGGACACCAAGAUGAAGAUCCCCCUCCUGCACCGAGCCUUGGCCAUGAGCAAGCAGCCGCUGUCGCUGUACGCGAGUCCCUGGACCUCCCCGACCUGGAUGAAGAGCAGCGAGUCCUUUGUGGGGAAGGGCACGCUGAAGGGACAGGCAGGGGACAAGUACCACAAGACCUGGGCCAACUACUUUGUACGGUUCCUGGAUGAAUACGCCAAGCACAACUUGACCUUCUGGGCGGUGACGGCGGAGAACGAGCCCACGGCCGGGCUGAUCAACAACUACCCCUUCCAGUGCCUGGGGUUCACGGCUGAGCAGCAGCGGGACUUCAUCGCGCGGGACCUGGGCCCCGCGCUGGCCAACAGCUCCCACCGCCACAUCCGCCUCAUCAUCCUGGACGACAACCGCAUCCAGCUCCCGCACUGGGCCAAAGUGGUCCUGGAGGAUGAGGAAGCAGCUCGUUACGUCCACGGCAUCGGCAUCCACUGGUACCUGGACUUCAUCGGUCCCAUCCAGGACACGGUGGUGCCCACUCACGAGCUGUUCCCCGACUACUUCAUCCUGGCCACCGAGGCGUGCAUCGGCGCCCAUUUCUGGGAGCGGGACGUCAUCCUGGGCUGCUGGGAGCGGGGGAACCAGUACAGCCACAGCAUCCUGACGAACCUCAACAACUACGUGACCGGCUGGACCGACUGGAACCUGGCCCUGGACCUGGAGGGGGGACCCAACUGGAGCAAGAACUACGUGGACAGCCCCGUCAUCGUGGACAGCAGCGAAGGUGUCUUCUACAAGCAGCCCAUGUUCUACCACAUGGGGCACUUCAGUAAGUUCAUCCCCGAGGGCUCCCAGCGCGUGGGGCUCGUCGCCUCCAAACAGUCCAAGAAGACAGAGCUGGAAUACACGGCUUUCCAGCGCCCCGACGGUGCCGUGGUGGUGGUGGUUCUGAAUCGGUCCCCGCAGAACGUCACCUUCGGCUUGGCCGACACCGUUGGCCUCAUGGCAGCCGUGGCUCCGGCCAACUCCAUCCAAACCUACCUGUGGCAGCGGCAGUGAUGGGGCUGGCAUGCCCGCGGCUGGCCGGGGGUCUGAUCCGGAGCAGCCCGGCGCUGCCCGGGGGCACGGAGGAGGUGGCUCUGUGCUGUGCGUGCCGCAGCAAAGCCUGGGUGAGCCAGAGGAGCGAGCUGAGCCGGGGAGCACCAUGCAUGUGUGCAGAAGAGUUGGGGGCACCGGUGCCCCGGGGGGUGGAGAUCCCACAGGCUGUGAACGCUGUUCUCACCGCUGCUCUGACAUUAAAUGCUGAUGCUGCCUCAA